AUGCUCGCGUCAGCUGUAAAGACGAAAGAUGCGUUGCUUCCUGUUGUUUCCGCGCUGGUCGUUGGUAGAAAUGGAAAACGUGAGAAAGCCAAUGUUCUCAUGGACUCUGGAGCGCAGAUAAGCCUGGUAAGAAACGACAUGGCACAACGAUUGAAGCUCUUAGGAAAGGAAGUAACUGUCACAAUGGUAACGGUUGGAGGACAGCAGGAAGAAAUGGCUACUAAACUGUAUAACGUUCCGAUCAGAUCUGUUGAAAAUAACAGUGUGUUUUCUGUCAGUGCCAUCGGGAUCCCAUGUAUAAGCGAUGACAUUAGCAAAGUCGAAGUUGAGGAAUUAGCUAAGCAUCUGGGUUUGGAUAAAAAUGUGUUAUCUCGUGGGAGCGGCAAGCUUGACGUGUUGAUUGGGAUUGACCACGCAACAAUGCAUACAGGAGAAAUAAGACAAGUUGGGAAUAUCGUUGCUCGCCAUUCGCCCCUUGGUUGGUUGAUCUUUGGAGCAGCUCAGAGGUGCCCCGCACCAGUGAACAAAGUGUUAAACGUUGGAGUAUUCAAGCCGAUCGAGAUGAAUGAAUUUUGGUCCACGGAGUCAAUGGGUGUGGAGAUCAAGCCGUGUCUGUGUGAUGGUGAGAAGAUGAGUCGAGUAGAGCGAGAGGAAGCCAAAAUAAUCGAAGAAUCUUGCAAGAAAUCUGGCAACCGUUGGAUUGUACCAUAUCAGUGGAAACAUGACCCGGCGAUGUUACCAAACAACAAGCAACAAGCAGUUAAACGUCUGGAAGCAACAGAGCGACAGUUACGCAAGAAACCGGAAUAUGCCAAAGCUUAUAACCACCAGAUGCAAGAGAUGGAAGAGUUGGGAUUUUCGAGAAGAAUUACGCAAGAAGAAGAACAGCAAUACUAUGGCCCAGUUCACUACAUCAAUCAUCACGCUAUUAUAAGACCCGAGAAGAGGAGCACACCGUUGCGAAUCGUGUACAAUUCGUCGUCAAGUUACCAAGGGCAUCGGUUGAAUGAUUACUGGCUAAAAGGCCCAGACCUGUUGAACAAUCUGUUCGGGGUGAUUCUCCGCUUCCGUGAGGAGCCGGUGGCUAUACACGGGGACAUUUCGAAAAUGUAUCAUCGUGUGCUCAUUCCAGAAGUUGACCAACAUGUCCAUCGUUUCUUAUGGAGGAACAUGGAAGAGCGCGAGCCAAAUACGUAUGUUAAAACCGUACUAACAUUCGGAGAUAAACCUGCGCCAGCAAUGGCGCAAAUCGCAUUGAGAAAAACCGCCGAUGAGAAUCGCGAUUCCUAUCCAGAAGCAGCCGAGUCAUUGAAGAAAAAUUCCUACAUGGAUGAUAUUUGUGACUCGGUAAAGUCAGUGGAGGAAGCAAAGAAGCUAACAACCGAUCUUGACAGAGUUCUGGAGACAGGAGGAUUUCACGUGAAAGGCUGGAUCUCAAAUGAGAACCUCAAGGAAGGAAUCAGCUUGGUAAAGGAUGACGGUUUGAAGCUUCUACAAGGCGAAGGCCCGGAAAAGAUUCUCGGUGUAGGAUGGGACGGUAAAACGGACAGUUUAACGUUCAAGAUUGGCGCUGACAUAACGGAAAUGUCACCUACAUAUGGAGCCAAGCUGACUAAGAGAUCGAUACUUAGUUAUGUCGCCAGAAUAUAUGACCCCAUAGGUAUCGCCGCCGCCUUCAUAAUAAGAGCGAAAAUCGGAAUGCAACGUUUAUGGCAACUGGGACUCGGUUGGGAUGACGAACUACUUUCGAACGUCUGCACAGAAUGGCUACAAAUCUUUGCUUAA